GUAAAAUAAAACUUGAGUAUUCCAAAAAGGUUAAAAAAAAAAUGAAAAUACUGGUCACCGGCUCUACUGGUUACUUAGGCGCACGACUCUGCCACGCUCUCCACCGUCGCGGCCACUCCGUACGCGCCUUAGUCCGUCGCACCAGUGACCUCUCUGAUCUACCUCCAGAAAUCGAGCUCGCUUACGGAGACGUUACGGACUACCGUUCACUAGCGGAUGCUUGCUCCGGUUGCGAUAUCGUUUUCCACGCCGCGGCUUUAGUCGAGCCUUGGCUUCCUGAUCCAUCCCGAUUCAUCUCAGUCAACGUUGGUGGACUGAAGAACGUCUUGGAAGCAGUUAAGGAGACGAAGACCGUGCAGAAGGUUAUGUACACUUCUUCCUUCUUCGCUCUUGGGUCUACUGAUGGAUCUGUUGCUGAUGAGACUCAAGUUCAUAGUGAGAAAUUUUUCUGCACGGAGUAUGAGAGAUCUAAGGCUACUGCUGAUAAGAUUGCUUUGAAUGCUGCUUCUGAUGGUCUGCCUAUAAUUUUGCUGUAUCCUGGUGUUAUCUAUGGUCCAGGCAAGCUUACUACAGGCAAUAUGGUUGCUAGAUUGUUAAUCGAACGCUUUAACGGGAGAUUACCUGGAUAUAUUGGCUCUGGGAAUGAUAGAUACUCCUUCAGCCAUGUUGAUGAUGUUGUGGAGGGUCAGAUUGCUGCAAUGGAAAAAGGUAGGCUUGGUGAGAGAUACUUACUCACUGGGGAAAAUGCUUCUUUCAAGCUUGUCUUUGAUAUGGCUGCACUGAUUACUGGAACCAAGAAGCCAAACUUUAGCAUUCCAUUAUGGGCAAUCAACGCAUACGGAUGGGUAUCUGUUCUAAUCUCUCGGGUUACAGGAAAGCUUCCACUUAUCAGUCCUCCGACUGUGACAGUGCUGAGACAUCAGUGGGCAUACUCUUGUGACAAGGCUAAGCGAGAACUCGGUUAUAACCCUCGAAGCCUUAAGGAAGGAUUGGAGGAGAUGCUCCCUUGGUUGAAGAGUUUGGGCGUCAUUCGAUACUGAAAUUAAAAUUUCCCAUCUUUCAGGAGCAGCAGCUUUUAGACUAUUAAGUCCGUUGCAGCACAUUGCAGAAGGAGUUCCCCCAGCUUUUAGAUAAGGCAAACAUUGUGCUAAGUACAUGUUUACCUGCGGACAUGCUAUGGCUUCUCCAUGAUACGCAGUCACCAUUAAAAUUGUAAUAACAAGCAGUAACACUGUCCGGGUUGCAGUAGUAAUGUUCCUCAUCUUUUGGUUUUGUUGACUUAUUGAGUUUUUAACAAUUAUGUUUUGAUUUGUUUUCUCAAUGAAUUGUUUUCUCAAUGAAUUGUUUUCUUGAUCUA